UGACGUAACUCCCUCCUUCUCCUCGUUGCUCCACGUCCAUGACGACAGAGUGUGUGACACAACAACCUGCAGAUGUUUCACAGAACAUGAUGUGAUCCAGUUUAAUAAGACGUGUUCCUCCUCAGAUCCUCCCUCCAGUCCCAUGAUCUACACCAGAGACAGAGUGGAGCUCGGAGAGAAGAACACUCUGAUCUGUCAUGUGACUGGGUUCUACCCUGCUCCUGUCCAAGUCCACUGGACCAAGAACGGAGAGAACGUGACUGAAGGAGCGAGUCUCAACGUUCCCUAUCCCAACAAAGACGGUUCCUUCACCCAGAUGUCCAGACUGGACUUCACCCCACAGCUGGGAGACAUGUACAGCUGCACAGUGACUCAUCCAGCUCUGAACCAACCACUGACCAGAAUCUGGGAUGUGGACGUGCAGCAGCCCGGUAUUGGACCUGCAGUUUUCUGUGGACUGGGUCUGACCAUCGGUCUGCUGGGUGUGGCUGCUGGAACCUUCUUCCUCAUCAAAGGGAACGAGUGCAGCUGAUUAGCUGGGGCUGAUGAUGUCAUCAGUGUGACUGUAGAGUGUCCUAUCAGGCUUUAAGCUGCUCAGCUGGAGGUUUUACAGCUUCACUCCUGUAAUCAGAGAAUCACCUGUUUAUGAUCCUGAUGUAAAUAAUAAUAAUAAUCAUCUUCAUCUUCAUCAUCUUCAUCUUCAUCAUCUUCUUCAUCUCACCUGUUCUUACAAAUCACCAAACCAGAUGUUCUGUCUGUGAUCAGCUGCAAUAAACGUCCUUUGUCCAUUAAA